GACUUGAAAGUCCAGUUUCACCAGAGAGACUGAGGCAUCUGGAAAAGGGGAGAGAGUUCAUUGGAUCAAACAUGUCACAAGAGACGGACAAUAAAAACCGGCUUGUGACUGUGGUGCCAAGUGAUGCUCCAUUCAAUACCAGGAGGGCUUACACGAGUGAAGAUGAAGCCUGGAAAUCUUAUCUGGAAAAUCCCUUAACAGCAGCUACAAAGGCUAUGAUGAGCAUCAAUGGGGACGAGGACAGUGCAGCUGCUCUUGGAUUACUGUACGAUUAUUACAAGGUUCCUAGAGAUAAAAGGGUGUUGUCUCUUAACAAAGUGAGUGAUAAUCAAGAAGACCAAGAUAAAAGAAGUUGCCUUUCCACCAGUGAAGCUCAGAGCAACUUGGCCAGCGGUGGGGAAAACAGAGUCCAGGUUUUGAAAACAGUGCCGGUGAACCUUUCUUUGAAUCAGGAGCAGCUGGAGACUUCGAAAAGGGAGCAGUUCAGUUCCAGCGUAUCCGGAAGCCCGACUUCCAUUUCUGUGACGGGGGUGAUGGUGGUGAAAGCAGAAGAGUACACCCCUGUUUACGUGGCUCCAUCGGCGCAUUACGCAAGGGGAGAAAAUGAGGAGCACAGGAGUGUUAUAUUUGAGCAUGCGCAUUACGAGGUGCCCAGCAUCAUGCCCCAUUCAACCUACCUGAAAGAUGACCAGCGGAGCACUCCCGAUAGCACUUACAGCGAAACUUUCAAAGAUGGAGGGGCAGAGAAAUACCGCAGUGGAUCUGUGGGGCCUGAGGAAUACAUUUACGAACAAACAGCCAACAGCACAUUCCGUUAUACUUUGGAAGCAACCAAAUCCCUGCGUCAAAAGCAAGGAGAAGGACCGAUGACGUACUUAAACAAAGGGCAGUUCUAUGCCAUAACUCUGAGCGAGACUGGAGACAACAAAUGCUUCAGACAUCCCAUCAGCAAAGUCAGGAGUGUGAUCAUGGUUGUGUUCAGCGAGGAUAAAAACCGCGACGAACAGCUGAAGCAUUGGAAAUACUGGCAUUCUCGGCAGCACACAGCAAAGCAAAGGGUCCUUGACAUUGCUGACUACAAGGAGAGCUUUAACACAAUCGGGAAUAUAGAAGAAAUUGCUUAUAAUGCCAUAUCUUUUACUUGGGAUGUCAAUGAAGAGGCAAAGAUUUUCAUCACGGUGAACUGCCUGAGCACAGACUUCUCUUCUCAGAAAGGAGUCAAGGGGCUUCCAUUGAUGAUUCAGAUUGACACGUACAGCUACAAUAAUCGCAGCAAUAAACCCAUCCACCGUGCCUUCUGCCAGAUCAAGGUUUUCUGUGACAAGGGAGCUGAGAGGAAAAUCCGGGAUGAAGAAAGGAAGCAAAAUAGGAAGAAAGCAAAAGGCCAGCUGUCGCAACCUCCGUGUAGUAAUGCUGAAGGGAAACUGAGCACCGUCCCACUCCAGAAGAAGAGCGACAUCACCUACUUCAAAACCAUGGCUGACCUGGACUCGCAGCCGGUUCUCUUCAUACCAGAUGUUCAUUUUGGGAACCUGCAAAGAACUGGGCAGGCUUACUAUAACACAGAUGAUGAGCGAGAAGGUAGCAUCUUGGCUAAAAGGAUAUUCCGGCCAGUAGAAGAAGACUUCAGCUCACCACCGCUGAAGCAAAUAAAAGAAGAAGGAACGAAAAGAGUGCUGCUUUACGUGAGGAAAGAGGCUGACGAAGUGUUUGAUGCUUUGAUGUUAAAAUCGCCCACUGUAAAGGGACUAAUGGAAGCGAUUUCUGAGAAAUACGGUCUUCCAGCUGAAAAGAUUACAAAGCUGUACAAGAAGAGCAAAAAGGGGAUUUUGGUAAAUAUGGAUGAUAACAUCAUUGAACAUUAUUCCAACGAAGACACGUUCAUCCUCAACAUGGAGAGCCUGGGGGAAGGCUACAAGGUCACGUUGACGGAAAUCUAGCCCAGAUCAGAACGCAGCCUAGUGAAGUCAUAGCAUUUCACCCUCAUCUUAAGGAAGGGGACCAUUCUUCUAAAGCCCUGAUGACUCACGGAUGCCAAGAAGAGAGGCUGUUACAAAACUCCACUGGAAGCGAGGAAACAAGCCCAGUUGUCAUUGACCAGUCCGUUCAAGAUGAACUAACAUACCUCUACAAAGUCUUUAUUUAUUGCUCCUCACGCUGCAAUCUGUACAUAGCAGACUGCGGACAUCGCCUCUCGCCCACCGCAGAGGAGAAACGGUGACUUUUUAAAAAAGAGUUAAUGUGGAAGAAAAUGAAAUUGUGGAAUUGCAUUAGUUCUCCUGGGACUUAAUAGUUAAAAUUGAAACUUUCAGGAAUAAAUUGCUUGAAGAUUUGAUCUUCUAAUCCAUGGCAAGGAAAGUGGCCGAUCAUGUUCACUGGUACAAAACUACCAGCAAACAAAUGUGUAGGUAUAGGUUAGCCAUAUCCUUCCCAGCACAGGGCAACUGAGGACUGUAAGUAAGGGACUUGGAUGGCGUGUCAUUUGUAAGUAAAGCACCAUCCGUUUUUAACCUUUGUAUAUAAUGUUUAUAAUAUGUAAUAAUAUAUUUUUCCUACCUGUGUGGAUGUGUUUACUGCCACUCCUGUUUCUAAUCCUGGGAUUAGAAGCUGUCAGGCAACUCUCACUGAGGAGAGAGAUUCUGCCAUUAGCUAUUCAGUGACGUUUCCAUACCUUUUCUUGAGUGGCUUCUCCAGCAUCCGUAUUAGAAAGUUAAAAUUCUCCUUCCAGUGGUGCAUCUGACAUUUGCACCACCAGCUUGUGGGUCUCGUUCACCCUCCCAUGCCCAUUUCUGUGCAAGGAUACCACAUUGUCUUCCAGUUUCCGAAUUAUUUGUCUUCCGGUUUCUGAAAUAUUUAUGCUUUCUUUGCACCCUUGGAUUUUAUCCUGUGGUCUUCUGCGUCCUUGUUGGAUGAGACCCUCCAUUUUCUGCAUGCAGCGAGAACUGAGGCAGUGCCAAUACCGCCAACACUCUCCUCCCUCCAUGCCUGCUUCCAAUUCUGACUUUGGGCUUUCAGAAGAUAUAUCUCCAUUCAGCUCACCUCUUCCUUGGGAACCUCUGGCAAGCUGGAGCCAAGCCUAAACUGAGCCAGAAGGUCUUUAUUAUUAUUAUUAUUUA